ACCAAAAGAUGGUGAAGUGUAAGAGACGUCAAGAAUGCCAAUUCUUCAUAACGAGCCAUUUGCACGAAGAUACCAUGCACCACUCAUAUCUACGGCCUCAUUGCUCGGUGCGCUCGCAGCGAUAGCAAUCCUCAUCCUCCCGUUUAUCUUUGCCUAUGUUUCUGGAUCGUUCUGGUUGAAACAGAAUUCAUUUAGAGAGCAACCGCAAGUCAUGUACAAGCACGAAUUUAUGCUGCUUCUCGAGGGUGUGGAUAGAGUGUCCAACAAUCCAGUCGCGGUUGUGUGGUCAUCAAGUCCCCUGUAUAACCAAUUACACGAAAGAACUUCUAGAGUCGCAGCACUACAGACGUCGCAGAUCGAUGUGCAACGGGAUGGAAAAUAUGACUACCUCACUUUCAGCGCAUCAAUUCCUCUAUUACCGACCGAGGCAAUAACGCACGUUCGGCUCGCACUUUUCUUUCAAUACUCUCUUUCGGAAAGGCUACGUCUCCAAAUGCAAUCAAUGGCUCUAUUCGACUCCUCAACAGCUUUGCCGGCUUCGUCUGUUUAUGUCGAUGGAGAUUUGCGCUUAGUGCAACGAGAGUUGCUGAAACGAUAUGGAGAUAAUUCUGCCUACAAUGUUCCCGUUGUGAAUUUCACCAAAGCGUUUGGACCGGAUCCUAAUGCGUUAACGUGGAGUUCGAUUAUGGCGGGGUAUGCGCGCCGAGAUGUGCGCACUAACUUUGCGUAUGAGACGCCCAUCUGGACAACAGGCAGAGCACCAACAGAGCCAUUUACCAUAUCCGGCCGGGUAGCAUAUUCGACCGACACGAUCCAAUACCUUCCCGGGGCAUGGGAGGUACUGAAGAACGGGUGGAUUCAGUAUCUAGCGUAUCUGAUACUGGUUGGGGCGGUGAUUAGCUGGAUUUUGGGUUUUGCCUUCCGAAAUCAGGUCGUUCGAACCGCGGUUCGGGUGGAUCAGAUGCCACGGUACGGAGGCUUCAAGGCUCAUGCUUUUUAGCAUGCGGUGUGAUCAUGGCAGUACUGAGACUGUGAUAGGCUCAGCGUUGAGUGAGAGCAAUUGUAUUUAGAUACAGUGAUACAUACAAUGAGUAAUAUAAAUUUCAAAAUCCU